AUGGUGUGGUUAUUGCGGCAAUUCCGCCGCCGCGGAAUUUCCGCUAUGUGCAAAAUGUUUGGCGUCGCACUUGUGAUCAUCACUCUUCUGCAAAUAACUAGUUCAGCACCGCAAAGAGAUGAACUCAACAAGAAACCCCUGCAAUUCUCGGAUAGUGUGAAAAGAAAAGAAAAUCAGAGAAUUCUACCAGAAAACAAUCAAAAAGAAGAAGAUUUCGAUGAUGCACGACAACCACAACAACCACUACAGCCACAAGAACAACAGCCUCGAAAACCGCCAGCGGUCAAUCAAAACGCACCGAAUGACUUUGGUGGACAAAACUUGGGCGCUCUUGAGGAUAUCCUGCACAAGAAAGUGCCUACUGGAGAAAAUAAUAGAAAGGGUCAAUUCUACGAACAAAUCUUCGUACACUUUGAUCUGAAAGGAGCUCCGCCAAAAGUCCCCUAUUUUCUGCAACUUCUCGAGCUGGUUCAAAAGGCCGGAGCCACGGGUGUGAUGAUCGAAUGGGAGGACAUGUUCCCCUAUACAGGACGUCUUCAAACUGCCGUCAAUACUGAUGCCUAUUCGAUGGAUGAUGUUCAUGCGAUACUCUCAAAAGCACAUUCCCUUGGCCUGAUCAUCGUCCCAUUGGUGCAAACAUUUGCUCAUCUUGAAUGGAUCCUCAAAUUGGAGGAAUUCCGAAAGUAUCGAACCGUUGACGAGUUCCCACAGGUGCUAUGUUUGGCCGACAAAGAAGGCGUCGAUCUGGUCAAAGAUACGCUCGAUCAAGUGAUCGCCGUGCACAAACAAUAUGGAAUCCCAUAUUUCCAUAUCGGAUGUGAUGAGGCUUUCUUGUUUGGCGCCUGCAAGGAGGAUUUGGAGUGGAUGAAGCAAAAAGGACCGGAUGGAUCAAAGGAACUCCUGGCUUUGUUGCAUAUGAAAGAUAUCGCAAAUUAUGUGAAAGGAAAAGUCGGACAAGAAACAACUGUCCUUGUCUGGCAUGACAUGUUGAAGAAUUUCCCUCCACAAAUCAUCCAAAAAGCCGAAGUAAAAGACUUGAUCGAGCCGGUCGUUUGGGAUUAUUCUGAGGGGAUCGUUACGAUGAAUGAGUGGAGCUUUCAAACACUCGCUGACAGUUUCCCUGCCGUUUGGGCCUCAUCCGCAUAUAAGGGAGCCAAUUUCCCCUCAGCUAAAUACAUUGAUAUUCGGCAUUAUGAAAUGAACAAUCGGGCGUGGAUCGAGAUUGUGAAGAGCAACAAGCAACGUUUCAAGCGCGGCUUCAAAGGGAUCAUCAUCACUGGAUGGCAGAGAUACGAUCAUAUGGCUGGAUUAUGCGAGAUUCUCCCAAUGGGAACUCCGUCGAUGAUUCUUCAAAUUGAGACUGCCCUCUCAGCACCAAAUAAAGAAGAUCAAGCUGGGAUUCGUCGCCGUGCCGGUCACAAACUCAACUGUACAGGCGAUAACUACUAUGUGGCUGGCUUGGAGCCGAUCAACACUCAAUGCAACUUUACGGGUUUUGGUGCAUAUUAUGCUUUUCAAAAUGGUGUCCGAAAAGCUAUCACUUAUAUGGAAAGUGAAAUGGAUAAGCAUCAUCCAACGAUUGGAUGGCUCAAUGAUUACGCGAGAAAGCACGAUAUGACACAAAAUUGGUAUCUUCGCGACAUCACGCAAUUCGUCCAAAUGCAACUCGGUCAGCUUCAACAAGCUGAGAGACAGCUCAGGAAUCAAUUGAAUCCUCUUUUCUUCGAGAAUACCGUCGAGGAGUUCGUCUUUGAGACAAUCGGUCCACACAUCGAUAAACUCACAAAAAUGGUGGCCGAUGCGGAGAGAUUGAGGAAAUUGCGCGUUUGGCCAAAACGGCAUUUCCCCAUAAAAAAAGACGAGCUA